AUGGAUUGCCGAUCUAAUCUUUGCGCCAAUACAGCCAAUUUUGUAUACCUUCCAGGAUCCAAUAGGGCCGGGCGGGUGGUGUUGAAGACGAUUCAGAACCCUCCCCUCUUCGUCAUCGCUUUUUACUUCCUUAUUACUAGGAACGCUCUUCUAGGGCCAGCUUGCCUUAACGCGGCUGCUGGGUUGCUGACGACAGCAGUUAAUGCUUCGGCUUUGCAGGCUGAAACCUGCUCCCUUAUCGCCUUGGUGACUAUUAUUGUGACAGCAUUAACAUUUGUGCUCUUUGGUGGCUCGUUAUUCAUCUACAAGUUUGUCAAUCUGAAAAAGGUUUAA